AACUGCAGAGAUCAACGACAUGAAACAUGCAAGUGGAUGCUUUUCUGUUGAGGUGGGUAACUUAUGAAAAAUAACUAUGAACUGGAAGGAUACAAAAUGGUGACUGUUUUCCCAUGCACAACCCCAUUCACAUGACAGCAACAGGGAGAUAUGGGCUUCCUAAGAUUGGUAGGCAGAAUCAUGGGUAGGAUCAGUACUUUCAGGUCCUAUCAGUUUGUGCUUCUCCUGGCUGCUGCACUUGCCGUUGUUGCUUUUUACUACUUUGGCUCAGAGAGGCAGAACUUUUCCAGCACUACAAAGAGGAUCAAGCACACCCAGGCCAGCCACAACACCAACAGAAACGAUGCAGACUUAACUGUGGACACCGGGCUCUCACACCCAGCUGGGUCUGAAGAGCAAAGAGAUGAAGAGCAAGGUAUAGGCGGAGCGGGCGUGGGAUUCUGGCCCAGGAAAGGGGAUGGUGACCAACGCUACCACACACUCAUGAUGUUCACCAAGGUGGACAAGAGCCGGAGCCUGCAGGACAAGUUCAGGGUGGCCAUGUUGUCUAUGGUUAAGCACGGACACUUCCUGGAAGGAGAGAUGUUGAUCCUGCAUUUUGUGAGUGACCAGGCCAGCAAAGAACUGGGAGAGAAGAUGCUGCAGGAAUUUCUCCUUGAUGCAACAUUCAAGUAUGAGGUGUUGUUCCAUGACGUGGUGGCUCUCACACAGAAACUGUUCCCUAUUGUGGAGGCCAUGCAGAAGCACUUCAGCGCCGGCUCCGGGGCUUACUACAGUGACGCCAUCUUCUUCCUGUCUGUUGCCAUGCAUCACAUCAUGCCUGAAAGUCUGACGCGCAUAGUGCAGCUUGACCUGGACCUGAAAUACAGGACCAACAUCCGGGACCUCUUCCAAGAAUUUGACCAGUUUCCUCCAGGAGCGGUAAUAGGCAUUACCAGAGAGAUGCAGCCAGUCUACAGGUAGGCAGUGUGGCACAAC